AUGGCAUCGCGGAUCGCGACGGCGGAAAGAGCGCGGAUAACAGAUUGUCCCGUUCGGUUCGGUUCGGUUCGAUUCGAUUCGAUUUUCUCUUGCUUUUUUAUUCCCCUCUCGAAGAAUCUUGGCGCGGCAAAGGACGAACGACGCAGCGCGUAUUUAGCGGACGGAAUCGCAGACGUGACGACGAAGGUCGCCAGUAGACACGUGGCACGCGCUACGUAUCUAUUUGGUCGUGUAUGGUCGUGUAUUGAUUCACCACGCGCGUCCUCUGAACCUACAUACCGCCAUGUUGGAUACCGAACCGAUGAUAAAUUCAAUCCGCCUCUCCGCACUAAUUUCGCAGAUCUUCACCGUGCUGAUCCGUGUGCUCAAAUAGCAGUGGACUUACGACUCGAGACGGCAGAGAUAUGGUGCCAGCCACAGGGGCAGGCACGCGGGCCCUGGAUCAGGGGUGUUCCGCUACCCCUGCCGGUCUGGGCCCAUUACGAGUCACCAGCCCUGACCGUUUCCACGGUCGAACAGUAUGAGGAAUUAGCGGGCAGCGUUGAACUUGAAACACAACGCUUAUUGCGUGAGCAUCGCUAUGAUACUAUUGGUAAUUUCCUCAGGUUCUAUAAGGACUAUACUGCAAGCGGAGAGAAAACACUGGAUCGAUUUUACCGAAAAUAUCAGCCUCUAAUAACACAUGGACACCAUACUUGCGUCGGUCUUGGAUUUGAAUUAUUACAUCGAUUAACAGAUUUGAACAAACGAUUCCCAGGAAUAGCGAGUGGCCUCUACUUAGUAUCUUGUGAAGAAACGAUUGGUGAUAUCGCCGGUUAUGUCGGCGGCCCACCAGCGGCAGAUAGCGGCGAAAAGGAGCAUGUAUUAGUGUGCCUGAAAAUCGAGAUUAGCGGCCGUCGCGGCGUCAUGCUGCUCGAUCCCGGUUACCAUGUUGCGCGCGUUAUCACUGUGAUGGCCGAUAAGUUAUACCCUCAUACAGGCUGGUUCACGCAAUCCGAUGAACCGAAUUGCAAGAAAGAGUACAACUAUUGUCUAUGCGCUGAUGAUCCUGAUUAUGUCGAAUGGCAUGAAAGAAAAAUUCAACCUGGUGCCUUGGAGAGAAUGCAAGUCGCUCUCAUUUAUGUGGCAAGGCCAUAUUUAACUGCCAUUGACGUUACAGAGCGUAGAAACUUGGUUUAUAAUCGCAGAAGUCUCCUUGCCAGAGAUACUAAGGGUCAUGUUACUGCCGGCAUAUACUUCUCUGUUAUACUAGACAUGAACGACGCACAGACCUUCACAAUUUUCUAUCAGACUGGUAAUGGGAAGAAGCGAGUCAAGAUGGCAUUUAAUAAAUUUUGCGAUUCAUAUAAGAUAAGUUCUAACGCCGAGGAAAUGGAGAUAUUAGCGGAAUGUGCACGACAACUUAACAUUUCGCAAGAUGCUUUGAAGGACAUACUCUUUGCUCUAGCUUCAAUCAUGAGCGAUUCGUCAUUUGUGGCGCAACUAUUGGCUAUUAAUGCGAGAAUCAACACUUUAGCAGAAGCAAAUUAACAGAAAAAGGUUACUCUACCCAAUAUAGCGUCACAACAUUAUGUUUCAUUAUUUUUUGGCCAGCUUUCCUUUUAUGUUAUUUUUCUUUUAUAUAUCGUAUGUUUUUAAUAUUUAUUAUUUGUUUUUCUACUUAUAGCUACUUAUAAUUAUAUUUUAUUACAAUAUUUGUAUAUCUGUAAAUAUACAAAUGAGUCAUGUAAUCUUGUAAAGUAUUUGCAACUUGGAAAAAAUAUUUUGGGCAACAAUUUUACUGUAAUACUUUUACACACAUAGAUUAACAAAUUGAUUUAAAUGUAAACAGUUAUUUAAAUUAAUUAAAAAAGAAAAAACAAUUAUACAAAUUGUUUAUUGUACAUUGUUGUGUAUCUAUACACAAAAAUACAAUUACCGAAAUUUUAAUUUAUUAUAAAAUUAUUAAUCAUCAAUUCUAUAAAUGAUGUAUCUCGUUUGAACAUACAUGACUCAAAGUUGUAUAUAAUAAAUUGUUUUCUCAUGACUCGAAAAAAAUUUUCAACAUUUUUGCCACAAUAUUGUAUUUUAUUUACAUAUACAUUUCAAUGAAAACAUUAACAUAUGCGAUCAACUGGCAUGUUUAUAAAGUAUACAUAUAUGAUUUUAGUUUAAUAAUUUUAUAUUUGUUUCUUUUACUUAGAUAUGGGCGCAAAGCUUAUAAUCAUUUUAUGUUAAGAUACAUUUAAAGGAUUUUCAAAUAUUUCGCUUUUUUAUAUUUUACUUGAAUACACGAAUAAACUUUCAUAUGCAAUAUGCUCAUAUAUUAGCAUUCUAUGCUAAUAGAUCAGUGUGAUAAUAUUUUCAUUGAGUAACUGAAUUAAAACAAAUUUGUAGAUUACUAUAUAUAUUUAUGUAGGUGGGACUGCACUAAAAUUGUAUUGGUACAAGGGAUAAUUUUGUUUUGUCAUUUCUUGUUUAGAAUAAUAUACUAUGUAUGUAUAUCUUUUAAUUGUGAACAGUGAAUUUGACUUUAUUUGAAUAAAUCAUUUUUGAUGAACAAGAUUAUAUCGAUAAUACUCGAUCUCGAUAAAUGUAAUAAAUAAAUUUAUGGAGAUCUUACAUUUCUCCAAUGAAAAGUUUGUUAUGCAAAUGAAAAGUUGAUUAUACAGGACAUUUAAGAUCUAGAACAUAUUUGAAACAAGAAAUUAUUUAUUUCCUUUUUUUUAUAUUUUUGAAUAUUCGAUGAUAAAUUGGAUGGUCAAUACGGAUGUAAUAUAUCUUGAUUACAUAAAUUUCAGUCCACAUUUAAACUACAUUUUUUAUAUAUCAAAUCUCAAAAAUUAAAUUAACAAAACUUUAUAACUCCAUAAAUAUUAUUGUACUUCUUAAACGGAAUUGUAUUUUUUAUCCCUAUAUUUUUCCAUACAUCUUCGACAUAUCUAAUAAACAUAACAUUUAAAAAAAAAAUAGAAUACUUUGAAGAAAAAAAAUGUUACAUAAUCUCCUUUAAUAUUUUUAUAAACAAAAGAAAAAUGUUAUAUUUUUUUAAAUUUUUAUAAUGAAACAACUAAGAUUAACAUUUACACACAAAUCUAUUUGAAUAAAUUAUUCAUACAUAAAAUAAAGAACUUUAUUGCAACUAUUUAAAUGAUUAUACACACACACACACACACACAUAUAUAUAUAUGUAUAUGUAUAUAUAUAUCAAAAUAUUAAUAUUUUACCUG